AUGUUCCGCCCUGCUCAGGUCCAGGAAUUUAAAGAGGCCUUUGCUCUGAUCGACGUCAACAGGGAUGGCAUCAUUCAGGUUGAUGACCUGAAAAGCAUCUACGCCAACCUGGGAAAGGUUCCAUCUGACGCCGAACUGCAGGAGAUGCUGAAGGAAGCCCCUGGUCCACUCAACUUCACCACCUUCCUCAACAUGUUCGGGGAGAAGAUGGGAGGUACUGAUUCGGAAGAAACAAUCAAGAAUGCUUUCGCUAUGUUUGAUGAAGAUGGAAAGGGAACCCUCCCUGAGGAUUACAUCAAAGAUCUCCUGCAGAACAUGGGAGAUAACUUUACCCAAGAUGAGAUCAAAAUGACAUGGAAGGAAGCCCCCCAUCACUAAGGGUCAGUUCAACUAUGUGGCCUUCACCGGAAAGCUGAAGGGCAAACAGGACGAGGAGGAGAUGAAGGCAUAAACCAUGACCUUAUGAAUAACCUUUAUCGACCUCAAACGCAACGUUGAU